AUGUUUCUGUCUGUCGCCAUGAAAAUCUCGUCCAACACGGCCAUGGUUCCAGCCGCGACGGCCGCCGUCAACAGGGCCCCAGCCAUCGCGAUGGUGCUGUUCGCCCUCCUCGAAGCCCAGCCCGUCGCAGUGCAGGUAUUCGUCCCCGUCAGGACCUACUCCACCUCGAAAGAAACCCCGCUCGCGACGCCCGAUGUCGCUGUCCACAAACCCUCCUUCACCGCGCCCAUCCGACCGCGGGUCUGCGGUCGACCGGGGGAGUUUCUGAACCCUAGCAGUCCUCCGCCACCGCCCCCGCGGGCAGCUCAGCCUGGGCCUCCGCCACAACGUUGGUCCUUUCCUGACAUGGUCAAUAAACACCAGAAUCACGUGGAUGUCAUCGGUGACGAUGAAGGCGAAGAUGCUAAUGCGGACGAGGAAGUAUCAGUGGACCUAUCCAGCCUAGUACCGGAGGUCCGUAUUGCACCACGUUUCUUCGAACGCAUCUCCAAGGACUAG